AUGAUCAUCCCCUUCUUCAACACCAUCCUCGUCAUCAUCGUCUUCCUAACCACCAUAUUCCUCGCCGCACUCAAAAGUCUGAAAAGGUCAAAGAAGUCGCCGCCGCCGUCGUCCGGCCCAUUACCUCCGGGCCCAUGGAAGCUGCCCAUAAUCGGAAAUCUGCACCAGAUGGUUGGGCCGCAGCAACCGCACCGCCGGCUGAUGGACCUGGCAAAGAAGCACGGCCCAAUCAUGCACCUCCAGCUCGGGGAAACCUCCAACGUCAUCGUCUCUUCCCCUGAGCUCGCCAGUGAGUUCCGCAAAACCCACGACCUCAACUUCGCCUCCAGGCCCAUGUUCCCCAUCGCCGGCAUCCUGUCGUACGGCGGCCGGAACGUUUCGUUCGCGCCCUACGGCGAGUACUGGCGGCACGUGAGGAAGGUUUGCACUCUGGGGCUGCUGAAUGCCAAACGGGUUGCUUUUUUCCGGCCAGUUAUGCAGGACGAGAUGGCCAAGUUGGUCACCUCCAUACAGAUGCAACAACAGGUAGCGGUGGUUGUUUUAAACAUUAGCCGCAUGCUGAUGUCGGUGGGGAUCACCAUCAUUUCAAGGGCGGCUUUUGGGAAGCUGCAGAAGCAAGAGGAAGCCUUCUUACCAGUGUUGCACGACAUAACAGAGGCGUUUGGAGGAUUUGAUGUGGGCAGCGUAUUUCCGUCCAGCAAGUUCCUCCGCCGACUAAUCGGAGCCGAGAGACGGGCACACAAGAUUCACCAAGAAGCAGAUGCCAUCCUGCAAGCUAUAGUCGAUGAACAUGUAGCGAAAAUAGGAGCUCAACAAGAUCACGACGUUGUUGAGGCUGCGGAAGAUCUUGUCGACGUGCUUUUGAAGUACAGAGAGAAUCCAGAACUCGGAUUCCCUUUCACUAAUGUCGAGAUUAAAGCUGUCAUCAUGGACAUGAUUCUUGGUGGCGGUGAAAUAACAGCUACGACCGUGUCAUGGGCUAUGUCAGAACUUAUGAGACAUCCGCAUAUCUUAGAGAAAGCAAACAAAGAGGUGAGACAAGUUUUCGAUGGAAAAGGAAUAGUAGACGAGGCAGGGUUUGCUGAGCUAAACUAUCUCAAAUCAAUUUUGAGAGAAACUCUGAGGCUGCACCCUCCCGCCCCUCUGUUAGUUCCUUUAGAAUGCCAGGAAAGGGUUGUGAUUGCGGGAUACGGCAUACCCGAAAAAACAAGGGUCUAUAUCAAUGUGCUGGCUAUCGGCCAAGAUUCUCGUCACUGGGCCGAACCUCAAGAGUUUUGUCCAGAAAGGUUUCUCGAUCGUCCGGAAGCCAGCGACUACAAGGGAACAUGUUUUGAGUUCAUCCCAUUUGGCGCGGGGAGAAGAAUGUGUCCGGGGAUCCUCUUCGGCAUGACUUUUGCCGAAAUUAUGCUUGCCAAUCUGCUUUAUCAUUUUGAUUGGGAACUCCCGAACGGAAUCAAGCCUCAAGACCUCGACAUGUCUGAACGUUUUGGCAUUACCGUGACAAGGAAAAAUGAUCUGCAUCUCAUUCCGAUUCGCUGUCACCCUAAAACCGUGUAG